UUCGGUGCAUAGGUUUCUUAUCAUCAUUAAAUACGGCAAUGGACGUCUUUAACCUCAAAGGUGGUUUUGUAUAUAUUCUUGUCGCGGCAAAUAUCCAUCUGAUUUCAUGUACUAAUGUAUGCCUGAAGUGUUCAUCGACUAUUGGGUCAGCGGAAUGCACAACAGUAGAAACUUGCGGCCCGCAUGAGGCGUGCUUUUCGGACGCAAUUUCAACAUCAGUGGGGAUACGCCGAGACUAUGGCUGUCGGGAUUCUAUGGUGUGUACCAACCAGCUGAUAGGACGACGCCGAUCCUCCACUGGUGGAAUUUUGAUAUGUUCACAGUGUUGUCAGGGUGACGUGUGCAAUUCCAACCUCUGUGGGGAAACAGGUUUUCAGUUGCGAGGUGGGCCAACUUGUUUCGCCUGUGACCAGUUCAAAGAUCCUGAUGCUUGCAACCAGAUUCAACAUUGUAGUCGUGACGAGAUAUGUGAAUUGCUCCCAGACAUCUCAACCGUAACAUACAGUCAUCUGUACACAAGCGGAUGUGCAAAACCUCAGACCUGCGAAAAAGAAAGAAAUGACAUUCUGCUAUUGAUACAGAACCCUGUGUGUGGCACUAGGUGUUGCAACACCUCCCUGUGCAAUUCCGGCAACUGUAACCACAACAGUCAUACAGCAGUUUCGUCCCCUACACCGACCGCCGCCACUGCAAAUGGUGCUUGCAAUCCGGAUCCAUGUAUUCAUGGUAUUUGUUUCUCAAGAGGUGCGGACUAUCUGUGUGACUGUGACGCAGGUUUCACCGGACAGCAUUGUGAUAUAAGCAGUGUUUGCCAUCUUCAUCCAUGUAUUCAUGGUAUUUGUUUCUCAAGAGGCGCUGACUAUCUGUGUGACUGUGAUGCAGGUUUUACCGGACGGCAUUGUGAUAUUGCCAUGGGCGACUCAUGUUCAUCGAACCCCUGUAUCCACGGAACAUGCUACUCGAACCAGAAUGGCUAUGUCUGCCAGUGCUUCCAAUCGUACGGUGGUCAAAACUGUGACACGACUGUCAUCCAUUCGCCUAAAACACAAACACCAACUUCAUGGAAAUGCGACUUCAUCGGAGUGUUGAAUGCCAUCAGGAAUCACGAGUCUGUUCACCACCCAAACGGCAGUGCCUGCCCCGCGGGAGGAAACCCUGGAGAAUCAUUCCUCUACCAAUACUGCCACCCUCCAAGCAUGGACUUUCAAACCUGGCAGAUUGAUAUCCAGGUCAGCGCAGUCUGCUCCCAACUGAAGCCAGGUGAACCAGUGGGCUAUUACCUGAACGGAAACAACCAGAAGCCACUCGGUAUAAUGGGCGUGUUCAUGGGCUGCACCAGCCCCACGUCAUUUUCAAUUGCAAUGCAGCAAUGCGGCAGUGGUGUUGUCGUCGAGGAUAUUGGGGGCAUGUUUUUAAAUCCCGAUUAUUUCUACACCUUCGAUUGGCAUUAACUAUUAAUGUUGUCUCAUUGAGAGAGUUGGUGUAUGGACAUGUCGAAGUUUGAUUAUUGUUACCACAAAAAUAUCUACUUUGAAAUGGCUUUUGGAAUUUUUUUUAUGAGUUUGGGCCGAUGAAAUAAAACAAAAUGUAGGAUA